AUCAAGUAGCGUAACAAUAAGGCGAAUCAAAGCCCAAAAAGAGUCUUUACAAAACAAAGAUUCAAAUUCACCCACUCAAUCGUCUCAUUUCACCUCUCCCAACAACAAACUAGUCUUCUCUCUCCUCCAAACCCCCUUCUUCCUCCGAUCAAUCUCAAAAACAACAAUGGAAUUCACACUACAACAGCUUAAGCAAUACGACGGAACCGACUCAUCAAAGCCCAUUUACGUCGCAAUUAAGGGCCGGGUUUUCGACGUCUCCACCGGAAACACUUUCUACGGUCCAGGUGGCGCGUACGCAUUGUUUGCCGGAAAAGACGCUAGCAGGGCUCUGGCUAAGAUGAGCAAGAAUGAAGACGACGUCGUUUCUAACAUUGAUGGCCUUUCUGACAAGGAAAUUGAGGUUCUUGCUGAUUGGGAAAAGAAGUUUGAAGCUAAGUACCCUGUUGUUGGCCGCGUCGUUUAAAUUUUUAAUCUUAAUUAAUAAAAUGUUAAAUAAAAUUGACUAAUUUGUAUGUUGUUAUGAUUUGAGUAACUGGGUUGUUGCUUUAUAUCUUUCUGAUGAAUUUGGUCAAUAAAUUUGACUUUUUAAAGCUGAA